UAAAGCAGAAAAGCAGCACUGUCCGACCUUACACGACUUGUUUCCUGGAUUCUCCUUGGGACUUUUUUUUGGUUUCAGCAUCAUCUGGAGGUUUUUGCUCAACCAUUUGGCUGGAUAAGAAAUUUUUCAGAUUUCUUUCAGAUCCCAAAUCUAGGAUCUGUCCAGUUUCUGUCCGCUUCAUGUGGUUCUCCAGGUCACCAUGGGCAAAACCCAUCACAAAGACAGAAAAUACAGUAAUAAGGAGAAAUCGGGGAGGAGUGAUGAGGAUUCACUCCCUUCACAAAAGCUCACUGAGCCGUUCAGCUGGGAAAUGUACUUGAGAGAGACUUCAGCCUGUCCUGCUUCCCCCAGCUGUUUCAGACAAUCCAGAAUCCCUCCCAGUAAUGAUUUUAAAGUGGGAAUGAAAGUGGAGGCUUGUGACCCGAGGAAUUCCACCUCCGUGUGCAUCGCCACGGUGAUGGGGUCAAUGGGCGUGCGUCUGCGGCUCAGACUGGAUGGCAGUGACAACACCAAUGACUUCUGGCGAUUGGUUGACUCCUCUGACAUUCAGCCUAUCGGCACAUGCGAGAGGAGCGGCGACAUGUUGCAGCCACCACUGGGAUUCAGAAUGAACGCUUCUUCAUGGCCCAUGUUCCUAUUAAAAACAUUAAAUGGGGCGGACAUUGCUCCAGCCUCAGCCUUUAAAAAGGAGCCGUCCAAACCCACUCAAAACUACUUCAAACCUGGUCAGAAACUGGAGGCAGUGGACCGAAAAAAUCCCUAUCUCAUCUGUCCCGCUACCAUCGGAGAGGUGAGAGGUGACAAGAUAUUCAUCAUGUUUGAUGGCUGGAGAGGAGCGUUCGAUUACUGGUGCCUGUAUGACUCCAGGGACAUCUUCCCUGUGGGCUGGUGUCAACUGACCAACCACAGUCUGCAACCUCCUGGCAACUGCUUCAAUCUCCCGAAGACUCCUGUUCCAGCAUUGGGCAAGUCCAGUCAUUCUUGGCGCCCAAUGCAGUCCCCGUACCGCCUGCCACACCCUCUGCCCCCUCUGCCAGUGCGCAAGGGGGUACGAGGGAGGAGGCCCAAGAGCCAGACCAUCGCAAUGCUGAAAGAAGCUGCCGAGGCUGCAGCAGCCGCAGCCGCCACGUCACAGAACGGCCAAACACAGUCCAAUACAGCCAAGAGUCCCAUGGGCUCACAGCUCACACCCAAACCAUAUAAAAAGAGGGGACCCAAACCCGGCAGCAAGAGGAAACCAAAGGUUCCUCAUUCACUUUCAAGCCCCACAUUGUCUUCCUCAGUAUCAGAUGGGAGACUGUCUAGUCUACAGACAACAAGAGACUCAGGAGUCUUGUCCACAGUUUGCGUGUACGUGAAUAAACACGGAGAUUCGGGGCCGCACUUGGACCGUAAGCUGUUGUUGCAGCUACCCGAUCAUUUCGGGCCGGGCCCCGUGAACACGGUUCUCCAGCACUCGGUCCAAGCCUGCGUGGAUUGUGCAUUUCAACCCAAAGCUCUGUUUGGCUUCCUGCAGUCUCAGUCUGAUGGCGGGGAAAUCAUCAGAGUUCGAUCUGAAGGAGGAAUCCACUACGUCAAGCUCCCCACUGCCUCGAGUGCUUCGUUCGUUCUGCGCUUUCUGGAAACUCUGUGUCACCAUCUGCAGUGUGAUAACCUGUUCAGCAGCCAGCCAUUCAGUCCACUAACCACUAACACACACACACCGUAUGAAAGGAGCAAAUCAGUGAAAGAGGAGACAUCAGAAGCUUUGUCCGUAGCGCGAGGUACCAGACGCUUCAACCGAGAUUCGGCUGCCUACACCGCUGCCUUGUCACCGAAACUACAGAGAACAGAAGCUCUGCCAUCAGACGAAACCAUUGCCCAUGCUGAAAAUGGUGCCACUACAGACCAGCAGUUCUCAGAAGAGUCAAUGGACUCGGCCUCCAAUUCUGUGGCCCCCCGGCCCCCUGCCUUACGCAGCCCGUCUGAGUACCACCCCCCGGCCGGAAGCAGCCCGCACUACCCCUCUCACCCCCCACCCCUCCGCAGACUCUCCUCCAACCCCUCGGAGCUGGGGCCCGCACGCACACACAGACGAGUGGAAGGUAGGCUAUCUGCUAGCUCAACCACUGGUCCUGAUCAUCAAGCAGCGGAAAAGGAUUCCUCUAGAACGUCUAAUAAGUGUCCGUCAUCAUGGAGUAUAGAGGAAGUGAUGCAAUUUGUGCGUGACGCCGAUCCACAGGCGCUGGGCCCACAUGCAGAGCUCUUCAGGAAACAUGAAAUUGAUGGCAAGGCCUUGAUGCUUUUACGGAGUGACAUGAUCAUGAAGUACAUGGGGUUGAAACUGGGUCCUGCGCUCAAACUUUGCCAUCACAUUGAGAGACUCAAACUGGUGAAAUAGUGGCUGGAACAUUCCAAGCAAAAACACUAGAGGGCAACGGAGGAUAACGCAUGUCCACUUGACACUAGAGACUUCAGUCAAGAUUCAUGGAUAUUUAUUACCCGUGAGGUCCAUGUUGACCUACUUCACCUGUGGUUUAAACAUUGGGGGGGGGGGACUGACCUGCCAAAUAUUUCCUUUUUUGUGGCAAAAAUGAACCACCAGAUUGACUUUUCAAAACCGCCUAACUUUGUGAGCAACCAAGGAUGUUCACAAUGGCUCUCAACUAGAAAGAAAUUCAGUACUCAGUACCUCAGUGAUAUGAUGCUCUGCGUUUGCAGACAAUGGUGGAGAAAGCUGAAUCCCAAAGGAUUACACUGUGUUAAUGUGUCGUGUCCGGUACUGUCUACGCGCACAUACAAAUGUUCACUUUCCACAAUUUUUUACUGUUUAUGUCUGUUGAAGAUGUAUUUGACUUUAUGCUUUGGGCAUUGAAUAUGAAGGGUUUUGGUGCCGGUGAAUCAAACGUCAUUGUUCACUAUUUGGCGUAGUGUUUAUGUAACUGGACAGAUCUUCAUUCUUUGUUUUUUCUUUGACAUUGGAAUUGGAUUACACAUUGAAAUAUGUUUCAAAAUGUACUACUGUUUCAGUAAGUAACAGGGGAAAAAAAUAAACCAAAAAUGGUUUUGCUGUGGUCUAUAAAAAGGCACAAAUUUUUAAAGCACAAACUUUUAGUUCUAACUGUUACUGAAGAUGUCUUCUAUUGUUCUUUAACUCAAGACAAUUAAUUACUCAGGACACUUGUACAAUACAUUUUCAUUCGUUCAUAUUUUGUUGUCAUGAUGUCCCCCUCUUUAAAAACUGACUAUGUUAAUGUCCACAUCAGCACUUCAGGUGACACCCAUGAAGGUGGACAUAAUGUCACAUGGUCCUGAAAUUUAAGGUUUAUCUGCAUGGAGAAUGAAAUUGAUGUAUGCAGCAAUUCCAGAAACAUUUGUGGUUCUGUUCAUGUGUACAUCAUACAAAUGUGUAUUUAGUUCAGUAUUCUAUCAUUUAGUGCAUUUUUUUUUUCAUUAUUAUUUAAUAGGUAGAAACUGUUGCUUUUGAGCGCUUUGUGUCUGUUUAUAUAAUGGAUAUUGUGACUUUGGGAGAUGGAGCCUUUUUGUUUUGAUAUUAUAAACAUACAGUUUUAGCUCCUUUUAGAUACACUGUAUUUACUUUGCUCUUAUACUCAGGUUGAAAUAUUUUGUAUUUACUUAUUUGAACACUUUUCUACCAUUUGAAUAAAUAAUUGCAUUUAUAAAGUU